UCAUUCUCACACAAGCAAUCUGAAUAUAGCACCAAACUUAGCAAAUACUACUACCACUAUCAGCAACAACAACAAUGGCCUCAUCAAGCUAUGCUUUGAAAACUGUCCCUUCUUCCUUUGUUAACCCUGCAAUUUCCAACCCAAGAUCAUUGCUCACUACCCCACCUAUCAAAGCUUUCUUACCCUUCACUUCAUCAACCCCAUCUCUCACCAGGAAUCUCAAGCUGAACAACACCCUGCCACAGUCCUGCUUUUCUUCUGUGCCCAGGAAAUCAUUCUCUUGCAGAAGCCAACAGGCAGCUGAGUCCUCUGAAACUGAGAGAGUUCAAGAACUGAGUGUGUAUGAGUUCAAUGAGAGAGACCGUGGUAGCCCUGCUUACCUGCGAUUAGGCUUUAAACCUGUUAACUCGCUCGGUGAUCUAGUCCCCUUCAGCAACAAGUUGUACACAGCGGAUUUGCAAAAGCGCAUUGGGAUAACUGCUGGUAUCUGCAUUUUGAUUGAACACAAACCAGAGAAGAAUGGUGACAGGUAUGAAGCUGUUUACAGCUUCUACUUUGGAGACUAUGGUCACCUUACAGUGCAAGGACCAUACCUGACCUAUGAGGACACAUGGCUUUCUGUGACUGGUGGUGCUGGCAUCUUUGAAGGGGCUAGGGGCCAGGUCAAGUUGAACCAGAUUGUUUAUCCUUUCAAGAUUUUGUACACAUUCUAUCUGAAGGGUGUUAAGGAUUUGCCUCAGGAGCUUCUUGUCAAGGCUGUUGAGCCCCACCCUGCUGUUGAAGCUGCUCCUGCUGCUAAAGCCCUUGAGCCUAAUGCUACCAUUGCUGGUUUCACUAACUGAUGAUUGAGGGUGUUGCUUGUAGCUGAUGUAGUUUGGCUUAAUUUAGUAAUGAAUAAUAAGUUUGGUGACCGUGGGUUUUGUAGUGGUGGAAUUUCUUUUUGCAAUUAGCAUUGGUUGGUGGACUAAAGAUGAAAAAGUUCCAAGUUGUAAUAAUUCUCACUCCGUUCCUUAUUAACUGUCUACUUUAAAAAAAAAAUUAUUCAUAUAUAUCUGUCUACUUAGAGUUUCAAGAGAGCAUUAAAUGAUGUUUUUCCAU